AGACAGGAGAUUUUUUUUGGAGCUAGCUGUAAACUGGUGCUUGUUCAUACGCGAUAGACGAUUCAUCUUUCCUUAGAUCGGACGCUUCUCUUCUUUUGACUAGGCAAGCAUCUCACCCAAUCGCUGGUGCAAGCAUACUUCGACGCUGCUUCUUAACACGCCUCCACCAGGAAAUCAGGGUUCCUCAAGCCAGCAGCCAUGGGUGAGCGAAAGGUCCUCAACAAGUACUACCCGCCGGACUUCGAUCCGUCGAAGAUCCCGAAGCGCAUCCCGCUGAAGAAUGAGCAGAUGAAAGUUCGCAUGAUGCUUCCGAUGAGCAUCCGAUGCAACACCUGCGGGACGUACAUGUACAAGGGGACGAAAUUCAACUGCCGGAAAGAGGACGUCGUCGGGGAUACCUACCUCGGUCUCUUGAAAUUCCGCUUCUAUUUCAAGUGCACUAAGUGUUCUGCUGAGAUGGUCAUGAAGACGGAUCCGAAGAACAGCGACUACGAAAUGGAGUCGGGAGCUUCUAGGAACUUCGAGCCAUGGCGAGCGUCGGACGAGCAGAAGGCGUCCGCGAAGCGACAGCGAGAGGAGGAAGAAAUGGGCGACGCUAUGCGCGCUCUCGAGAAUCGAACCCUCGACUCCAAGAUGGAGAUGGACAUUCUCGCCGCGCUGGACGAAAUGAAAUCCAUGCGUGCGCGGCAAGCGACCCUCGAUCCAGCAGCAGUCCUGGAGGUUCUUCAAAGAUCGGCGGGUGGAGCCGGCGGGAGCGGAGGGGUAUUAGCGGAUCCGAAGCAACUAACCGAAGAAGACGAGGAGAUGAUUAAGAAGAUUGUUUUCCGAAAAUCGGAGAAAUUUGUGAAGCGGAUAGAGAGUGACGAGGAGGAUGACGCGGAGGAGGGGGAUGGAGGAGAAGCGAGGUCCUUAAAUAAGGAUUUUGGAGCGGUUAAGAGGUCUCGUACUGACCGUAUUGGCACCAAUGUCGCUGUAGCCAAUGAAGGGGAUGUUGCUGGAAGUAAAACUAUGCAGUCAAGGGCGGAAGGGGAAGCAUCCGCAUCUGCUGGGGUGGAAGCAGUAGAUGCGGAAUCAGGCACACUCAGAGGCAGUACGGACACGAUACCGGCCAGUUCAGCAGCAGCUGGAGGAAAUGGUUCAGCGUCGGAGAAGCGACUCAGCAGAUUCGUCCAGGACGACCCUCGGCCGGCCUUUGAAGCCAAGCCUGUGAAGGUGGCGUUUAUGGUGAAGGCAAAGAGCAAGGUUACAGAUGGGGAGGCAUUGAGGACCAAGGAUUCUAGAGGGAGCUCUGGUGCUGAAACCACCACAGGCAACGUUGAUAGUUUGCCUCAGGCCCAAGCAGGUCAAGCAGGUCAAGCAGGUCAAGCAGGUCAGGGGGCUUCCGGUGGGGGUGCAUCUGAGUUAGUAGAGGACAAGGAGAAAGGGAAAGCUGCGUUAACCAGCCUGCUAUCAGCGUAUGGUUCCGAUGAGGACGAAGAGGAGUGAGGAGAGGAGUGGGGCAAGAUACUGGAGAUUCUACCUGGACUGUCGCAAUGUGGCACGUAUCUCAAACCUUGAGCAUGGUGGUUGUUCAAUAUUGGUAACUGUAACUGAAAGCAGGUUUUAACAUGUACCUUGCAUGUUUUUAAUUGGUUUUAACUACUUU